AUGGCGCCCGCCGCCUCUCCCUCGGGACGCGACCCUGAGCGCGUUGGGCCGCACCCGUCAUACAUCGAAAUCGCAAAGCCCUAUAUCCUACAGUCGCGCAUGCAGAAAUGUCUCGCGGAGAUACAUAUGAGCGAUGCCAAGGAAGAUGCCGUACGUCUGCAAGGCGUCGCCUGGAUAGAUCAAGUCCGGCGUGCGCUGCAAUUGCCUAUCCGCACCUUCAACACAGCUGUGAUCUACUACCACAAGUUCAGGUUGUUGCACGCGGAUAAUGAGUACAACUGGGCAGAUGCGGCAGCUGCAGCACUCUUCACGGCCUGCAAGAUUGAGGAUACAUUGAAAAAGAGUAGGGAAAUCUUAUGCGCCCACUGGAACCUCAAAGUUGGGCCGGGCGAGAGCCUAAGUAGCGACGAUCCGCGCUUCGAGAACCACUCCAAACUCAUCAUUGGCCUCGAACGGCUCAUGCUCGAAAGCGCCGGCUUCGACUUUCGCAACCGAUACCCCCAGAAAGUCAUGGUCAAGCUUGCCAGAGCUCUGCGAUUUGACUCGAAAGACGAGGCCAAAACACUCUGGAAUCUGAGCAUAGAUUCAUACAGGACAUUUGCACCAUUGAAACAGUCUACGCCAACCCUAGCUAUCGCGUGCUUGGAGCUUGCCGCACGACUGCAUGGGAAAGACACAACAAAGUUCGUAGAUACGGGACCCGUUAGAUACAGCAAAUGGGCUACCAGCCGGGCAGAGGUUAUGGAGACGCUCCUUGAUUUACUCGACCUGUACACCCAUCACCGCAGCGCGACCUCGGUUGGACCUUCCUAUACGCUUGAGCACUUUAUCAAUAUUCGCAUUGGGCUCAACCAAGAGGCUUCAGCAGCGAAAAUCCCACGUUAUUCUCAGUACAAGUCUGAGUUGGUCGCCGACGCGGCAAGCACCACAAAUGGCGCCAAGUCUCGCAACGGCAUCGACCCUACAAGUCCACUCACACCAGCUACUCCCGUCGCACGUUCGCCUGGCGUGGAUCAAGCGCCAAAAUCUGCAAUCGGCAUUCGUGGUCAGAAUGGCACGGUGAGAUUUAUGCUGGACGCAGCGCGCGCACACGAUGAACGCGCCGAGGUUGAGAAGUUCCACAAGGUUGAGGAAGAGGAGUACGAGGUAGAGGUACCGGUACCGAGCGACCCAAGGGCAGAUGAGAGGGAAAGGGAUAGAGCAAGAGUUGGAAGAGACUCUAUCAGCGUUGCUAAUCACUGGCGCGGCGGUCCAAUUAUGGUGGGGGGUGACGAGGAAAACAACACGGAUACUGGGAACAGAGGGAGAUAUUGGGAUCAUUUCCGGAAGCGUUCAGAAGUGGCGUCAAGUAGUGAGCCCGUCUCAAAGGUGGACGACAGUUUUCACCCAUCGAGAAGUACCCCAAACUUCGAUGAUGUCUUGAACAGAGGCAAUGUGCAGAAGACAGCCAAUGAUGGUGUCGUUGCCUCCUUCAAUGAUAAGAUAUCAAAAGAUGGAGGACGUGGUAGAGGCUCACGGAAACGACCUCGUGCACAGGAUCGAAAGAAACGGGGCAACGUACGUGAUGGUAGAGCCGCCCAACACAGAGAACCGAGCCCCAAGCUUCUACCACGAAGGUUGUCCAUGUCCUCCCUUGGCGAAGCGAAUCAUGAGCAGAAUUCGAUUAUCCUGGCCAAUCCACGCUUCCAGACGGGGGUUGGAGCUUUGCUGACCGAGGACGUGGCAGGGGAGAUUACCAUGUUGGACCUGGCUACAGUCAUGAAUUAG